AUGGUUAUAAUGGAAUUCGUCGAGGGCCGCGAUGCGCACCACCAGUUCAAAGGUAGAGAGCUACGUCCGGGCCUCAUGCGCGACGUGAAGCUCGCGGUGGACGAGCUGCACCGCUUGGGCCUCGUCUUCGGCGAUCUGCGUCGCGCGAACAUCAUGGUCGUCACCAAGGACCUCUAUGCGGUGAAGGUGCGAGGACUGGGAAGGGGGAGGCGGUGGAUACAGGUUUGGGCGCGAUGUUGA